UCGGUUAGUUAGCUAGCCGCGAAAAGCUUGACUGUGUACCCGCUGUUUACACUUUAAUUCCUCCCGAAAACCACCGAGAGCGCACCGCUAAUUUAUUUUCUCAUUACCGUCUUCUCACUGCCGUAGAAAAGGAUAACCGCCGGAGCUCGUGUUUUGCACGGAUCCCAAUGAUGAGUUAUGCUGAAAAGCCAGAAGACAUCACAAAAGAAGAGUGGAUGGACAAAUUAAACAAUGUGCACAUACAGAGGGCGGAUAUGAACCGGCUCAUUAUGAAUUACCUGGUGACAGAGGGGUUCAAAGAAGCUGCGGAGAAGUUUCGGAUGGAGUCCGGGAUCGAGCCAAGUGUGGACCUGGACUCUUUGGAUGAAAGGAUAAAGAUUAGAGAGAUGAUCCUGAAGGGACAGAUACAGGAAGCUAUUGCACUCAUCAACAGCCUACACCCAGAGCUGCUGGACACCAACCGAUACUUGUAUUUUCAUCUGCAGCAGCAACAUUUGAUUGAGUUAAUCAGGCUAAGGGAGACUGAGUCAGCGCUGGAGUUUGCCCAGACGCAGUUGGCUGAGCAGGGGGAGGAGAGCCGCGAGUGUCUGACAGAGAUGGAGAGGACAUUAGCCCUGCUGGCCUUCGACAACCCGGAAGAGUCGCCCUUUGGAGAUCUGCUCAACAUGAUGCAGCGGCAAAAGGUGUGGAGCGAGGUGAACCAAGCUGUGCUGGACUAUGAAAACAGGGAGUCGACGCCCAAACUGGCUAAGCUCCUGAAGUUACUGCUGUGGGCACAGAACGAGCUCGACCAGAAGAAGGUGAAAUACCCCAAAAUGACUGACCUUAGCACGGGCACCAUCGAGGACCCAAAGUGAACAUAACAGACAAGAAGAGCCACCUUCCACGUCCCCUUAAUUUAUGAUCAGUCAGUGACUGUGUGACAACCAGGUAACAUAUAUGUAUAAACAAAUGCUACAUUGUUUUUUUUUUUUCAUGUUUCAUUCAUGAGAUUAAACUUAACUCAUCGUGCAAACUGUAAAUUGCUGUAUUUGCAAAUUGACAGAAAAUGAUCCGUUUAAAUACCGAUCCUGGAUUUUUAGACAGAUCCUGGAGAUUCAAAUUGCUGUUUUAUAUUUUGUCUUUCUAAAGUCAGUAGUAUUAUUUAUUGUGACCAUUUCCCCCACAGAGACUUUAUUUUGCAAGAGAGAGAGGGAGAGAUAUGACGGUGUAAAUUAACAAUGUUAAUACUGUGGCGUUUGUGAAGCCAAAAUCUAGGCGCCGCAGGACGGAGGGGAGACAAAGUGUAAAGGUUUAAACUUUGAAACAGCAGACACACCAUUGAUGACGCACUGCAGGAGUCUAGAUUGUUUCAAAUCAAGUUUAAAAUUUAAAUUUCUAACAUAAAAUGUGAGUAUUUUUCAAUUAAAUGGAAAGAUACACUUUAUUAAUGUAAUAUAGUUUAAAUUAAUAUAAUAUUUAAUGAUUUGACGUACCUCUACAGUAUGUCUAUGGGAUGAACUGCCUUGCAAAAUGUAUCAUUUCACGUGUGUGUUUGUGAGGGUGAAUACGUCCUGACUGUCGGGUUGAAAUCAGAGAAGGCUUUUAAGCUCCCUUCGGCCUUUUCUGAGCCGACAGUACGCACAGAUCCCAACGUGCUCCAAAUGGUGAUGUUUGGUUUUACGUUACGAGGGGGUUGAGAUUAGGAUAAUGUUCUGCCAAUCCCAUUGAUGGAGGGAGGAUUUUACGCUGCUCGAGAGAAAGGGUAGCUCCGAUCAAGAAAAGCUAAAGAAUGACAGCGCCAACUACGGCGAGACUGUAGUUUGCAAACUCACAUUUGAAAUAUAUUCAGACUGGACCUGAUUCUUUUGUUCAUUGGCUUUGUUUUAAUAAUUAAUGGUCAAAAGCAUCGUUGAAUCUGAAAAGGCGUUUUGAGAAACGGUCACAGAACUUGCUGUCCAUUUUGCCACUUUUAAAAGCCGUUAGUAUUUUCACUUUAACUGCAUGUAAGUGUAUCUUUUUUUUUCCUCAAUGGGGAAAAGGCUCCUGUGCUUGUUUACUUUGUUGUUUUUUUGAUUUGUUUACUUUUAUAUAUAAAAAACAAACUUGCUGCUAGUUGUUCAUCCUUAAUUUCUUUUAAGGUUGUAUUGUCUUUAUAGAUAUUGGCUUUGACAAAUACUGAGACCCAGAGAGCUCACAUCCCUUUUAUUAUUCAACAUUUUUAAGAUCAAAUUUGCAAUUAUUAAAAUAAACAAAACUUUUGU